AUGCCGAGACACAUUGUUGCUGCUCUGCAAGUCGGCUCUUGUCCGGGCUCUACUAAGGAUACUUUGAAAAAGAUUUUGUCAUAUGAGAAGGAAAUCAAGGAGUCUGGUGCAGAGUUGAUCGUCAUUCCAGAAGCUACCCUCGGUGGGUAUCCUAAGGGGUCAAACUUCGGGGUUUAUCUAGGCUACCGUCUGCAAGAUGGAAGAGAAGAGUUUGCCAGGUAUCUUGCUGAAGCGAUCGAAAUUGGCUCUGGAGACCAGUAUCCAGAAAUCAGCCAAUUGUGCGCGCUAUCGAAGGCCACCGGCGCAUCGCUAUGCGUUGGGUGUAUCGAGCGCGAUGGGACGACGCUGUACUGCACCAUGGUUUAUAUUGAUCCUCAAUCUGGUUACGUUGGGAAGCAUCGCAAGCUGAUGCCAACAGCUGGUGAAAGGUUGAUCUGGGGCCAAGGUGAUGGUUCGACAUUGCCAGUUGUGGACACCGCUGUCGGGAAGAUAGGUGGUGCUAUCUGCUGGGAGAAUAUGAUGCCCUUAUUAAGGUAUGCUAUGUAUGCAAAGGGUGUUGAGAUCUGGUGCGCACCAACGGUGGAUGCUAGGCCUAUAUGGAGGACUGUGAUGAAAAACAUUGCAUAUGAAGGCCGCUUGUUCGUGAUUAGCGCAGUACAGUUCAUGCCAGAUGCCACUGCGAUGGGCUACGGGGAAGUGAUCGACCAAGCUACCGGUAAGAGAAAAUUGCCUGGAUGGACAUCGGCUGAUGAGAACUGUAUCAACGGAGGCAGCGUUAUAAUUGAUCCUUACGGGGAGAUUAUCGCAGGCCCACUGUUGGGCAAAGAGGGUCUUUUAAGCGCCGAGAUCAACACCGACUUAAUCGCCGAAGCUCGCUUUGAUUUGGACCCCGUUGGUCACUACGCCCGGGGAGACAUCUUCCAGUUGACUGUUAAUGAAAGGUCUCAUGACGUUAAAUUCACAGAAUAA